CUUCUUCUUCUUCUUUCUCUGAACACCGCCUUCGCCUUAACAAAAUUUCGGCCUCAAAUUCAUAUUCCCUCUCAUAUAGAUAUAUAUUUAUAUAUAUAUGCGUGUGUGUAUUUGUGAGUCUUGAUCACGCAGCUGCGCUUCUUCCGAAGGUGUCUCAUCUCUCCACCGUGUGUAUCCAAAUCUCCUCUCUAGCUCUAGCUCCUUGAUUUCUGGUUCGCUUAAUUUUCUUCGCUAGCUCCUUCUUAAGCGAAUUCGUUUGGUUUGAACUUGCUGAUUUCGGGCUCAGUUUUGGUUUGUGAUCCUUUCGAGCUUCGCCUGAUGAGUUCCUGCUGGGACUACACACAUUCAUACGCCAGGGAAACAGGAACAAUCUUUCAAGAGCCCUGAUGCAGGCUUCAUGGAUCGUCAGAAUAAUGAUUCUGAAUCCAGGCGAACUGGAUCAUUUAGUCGGUCAAGCAGUGGUGGUUCUUCUUUGAGAAGGCAUUCUUUUAGUUUCACAGAUGCAGUCGCCCCUGGUAAAGAUGAUGACCUUGACAGUGAGUCUGUUUCAGAGGCUGGUGAUAUUGGAGAUCGAGCACUUCACAGUAACAGGUACAGUGGAAGUGGCAGGAAUCGUCUAUCUGUUGAUAUGGAAAAUGGCAGUGUUAUGCCCAUUCCUGAGGAUGCUCUGUUACAGUCAUAUGUACUUCGAUCUCGUGAUCCAAUUUUGUCAACAGUUGCCUCGCCUGUAUCACCGUCAACCUUGGACAUUAUAUCUCCUCUUUCCACUGAUGCAAUCAUACAUUCUGAAGACAAGGAGCAAGAGAACAAAAAAGAGCUACCUUGGCUAUUGGAUUAUGUUUCAUGCCUUAUCCAUCUAUCUGUUUUCGGAAUUCUUGGGGUUUUGACGAGGUUUUUACUACAGAAACUAUUUGGCCCUGGAGUAGUUGGUGCCACAAGUGAUGGAUUCUACAUGUACCUUGAUCUUCCUUCUAAUAUGGUCGGUUCAUUCUUAAUGGGGUGGUUUGGCAUUGUCUUCAAACGAGACAUAUCCAGAGUUUCAGAUCAUUUGGCCAUUGGACUGACCACUGGUUACUUGGGAAGCCUUACAACUUUCAGUGGCUGGAAUCAGAAAAUGCUUGACCUCAGUGUAGAAGGGCAAUGGGUUUUUGUUGUGCUUGGUUUUCUCAUAGGCUUGUUCCUUGUUGCCUUUUCCAUCAUAUGUGCAGUAGAGAUAGCUCCAGGCAUCCGUUGGGUUCUUAAAAAAUUAGACGUACUUAAGUUGAACGGGUUCUCUAAUUCUGGAACCAAUGGGAAGAUUGACCACUACAGGCGUCAGCUUGCAGCUAUGGCUGUUAUGCUGUUAAUGUUAGCCUUGUUGUUGGCCGUCAGUGGUGCCUUGGAGAAGAGAGAAUUUAAAAAUGGUGGCAGUGAAGCUCAGCUAUGGUUGGGUUGCUUAGUUGGACCAUUCGGUGUUUGGAUCAGGUGGUUCUUAGCACGUCUGAACGGGCGUGGCAUAGGAAAAGCCGGAUUGUUGAAGUGGAUUCCUUUCGGGACUCUAAUUGCCAACGUUUCUGCAGCUUGCGUCAUGGCAGCUCUUGCAACAUUAAAGAAAGCGGUGAAUACAAAGGAAUUUUAUACGAUUGCAAACGGGGUACAGUUUGGCCUGUUGGGUUGCCUAAGCACUGUUUCUACCUUCAUUGCCGAGUUCCAUGCAAUGAGGCAAACCAAGCAGUCUUGGAGAGCCUACGUCUAUGCCUUGAUCACUAUUCUCAUGUCAUUCGGCUUGGGCAUCUUGAUUUACUCGAUACCCGUUUGGGCCAAGGGCUACAAUUAGUACGUCGAUCUAAUUGUCUUCUCUUUCGCCCGAUGCAAAGGAACUCUGCAACAAUCAUCCAUGGUAAGUUGCUUCUGAAGUUUAUUAUGCCAAUAUAUCAUGGCACAAUAAACUAUUGAUCUCGGCUGCUUGUAAAUAGCUAUUGCAGAAGACUGUUUUUACAUCUGUUCUAGUCAAAAUGUUCAUAUCUAUUUAGGAACAACGAGGCCUGUUAUGUUGUCUAAUGCGGGUUGCCAGGGGGUUGGGGUUCGUGUAUGGGUCCCAUGUCCCUCUCUUAAUUUGUUCACGUUAGACAAAUUUUAUGUUCUAGCGCAAGCAAUAGAAAAUUUUGGUAGCAACAA